AUGGUGGUGGCACAGACCCCUCUCCAGCCCGGGCAGCCCUUCAAGUUUUCGGUCCCGGAAAUCUGCGACCGCAUCAAGGAGGAGUUCCAGUUCCUGCAAGCUCAAUACCACAGCCUGAAGCUGGAAUGUGAGAAGCUGCUGAGCGAGAAGACAGAGAUGCAAAGACAUUAUGUCAUGUACUAUGAGAUGUCCUACGGGCUGAACAUUGAAAUGCACAAGCAGGCAGAGAUUGUCAAGAGGCUGAGUGCCAUCUGCACCCAGAUGAUACCCUUUCUGACUCAGGAGCACCAGCAGCAGGUCCUGCAGGCUGUGGAGCGGGCCAAACAGGUGACCAUGGGGGAGCUGAACAGCAUCAUUGGGCAGCAGCAGCUGCAGCACCUCUCCCACCACGCAUCCCCCAUCCCGCUGACACCCCACCCCUCCAGCAUGCAGCCUUCCAGCCUGAGUGGGGGCAGCACCUCGGGGCUCCUGGCCCUCUCGGGGGCACUGAUGGCACAGUCUCAGCUGGCUGUCAAGGAGGACAGACAGGGUUUUGUAGCUGAAGGUUCUAGGGUUAAACGCUCGCCCAGCAGGAGCGUUUCUGCGACCCCUCCCGAGAGCCUGCAGGACGAGGAGCAGACGGGGCUGAAGCAGAAGCAGGAGGAGAAGGACCUGCCUGGGUGCUAUGAUAGUGAUGAGGACAAGAGUGACUGCAACCUUGUGGUGGAUGAGGACCCUCCCUCGGAGCCAGGCAGCCCCAGCCACACAGCCAGCAGCCAGCUGCUGCCAGCUGGCCGGGAGAUACCGGAGAGCCCUGCCUCCAUCACCUCCAGCCGGAGCACCACACCCCUCAAGCCGAAGGACCAGAGUCUGACCGACCCUCCAGCCAGCACUCCCCCUGACCAGCCCACCGCUGCCUCGCCACCCCCCGACUCCCUCGUCCCCAGCUCCGGGCCCAGCUCGGCUGCCCUGCUCCGGCAGCCCCCGGCAAAGGCACCGCCCACCGACAUCAUCGCUCUCCGCAGCCUGCUGAGUGUGUCCAGCCUCUACUCAUCUUCCUUUGGGAUGGUGCCUCAUGCCACCCUCAGUGGGGAGCUCCCAGCCCCCAGCACGUACCUGGGCAUCCACCUCUCGCCACAGGUCAGCAGUGCCGUGCUGUACGGCCAGUCCCCGAUGGUGGCUUUUGAGUCACACCCUCACCUGAGGACUUCCACCAUCUCUUCCUCACUCUCCACUGUCCCUGGAGGGAAACCUGCCUACUCGUUCCACGUCAGCGCCGACGGGCAGAUGCAGCCGGUGCCUUUCCCACCCGAUGCCCUGAUCGGCUCCGGCAUCCCCCGCCACGCGCGGCAGCUCCACACCCUGAGCCACGGCGAGGUGGUCUGCGCCGUCACCAUCAGCAACUCCACACGACACGUCUACACUGGGGGCAAGGGCUGUGUGAAGGUGUGGGACGUGGGGCAGCCGGGCACCAAGACGGCCGUGGCUCAGCUGGACUGCUUGAACCGCGACAACUACAUCCGCUCCUGCAAGCUGCUGCCCGACGGCCGCAGCCUGAUUGUGGGGGGGGAGGCCAGCACCCUCUCCAUCUGGGACCUGGCAGCCCCCACGCCCCGCAUCAAGGCCGA